AUGUCGCUCACGAACUUCUUCUACGAGCCCUUCUACUCCCUCUCUGACUUUGACCGCCUCUUCGACGACGCGUUCAACGCGCGUCAAGGUUCGCCUCGCGGUCAGGGGGGACAGAAUGGGCAGAACGGACAGCUUGCGCGUCGCGGCUCUUCCCUUGCUAGCGCCUUGCGUCCCAAGAUGGAUGUGCAUGAGGACAAGGAGAAAAACGUCGUCACUGCCUCCUUCGAGCUUCCGGGUCUCAAGAAGGAAGACGUCCACAUCGACGUGCACAAUAACGUCCUGACCAUCUCGGGUGAGACCAAGACCGACGAGUCGAAGGAGCAAGACGGCUAUGCCGUGCGCGAGCGCCGCUUCGGCCGCUUCUCGCGCUCGAUCCCGGUGCCGCAGGGCAUCAAGGAGGAAGAGAUCAAGGCGAGCUUGGAGAACGGCGUUUUGAACGUGACGUUCCCGAGGUCGGCGCCGGAGCUGGCGCCCAAGAAGAUCACCAUCCAGUGA